UGCUGCCCCGCGCUCAAGAUGGCCGCCGCGCUGAGGGUGCUGCUGCGCCGCGCGGUGAGUGAUGUCGGGCAGGCGGGGAGGAGCGCGUGUGUCCAGCCGGCGCUGAGCCCCGUGUCCCCGCAGGUUCCAGCCGCCGGGAGGACGCUGACGGCGCAGCCGCUGCUGUGUGCCCGCCGCCGGCUCACGCUGGGCGCCUCGCGGUUCGCCCCGGCCGUCACGCAGCACGCCCCGUUCUUUAAAGGCACGGCCGUUGUCAAUGGGGAGUUCAAGGAACUGACCUUGGAUGAUUUCAAGGGGAAAUACCUCGUGCUCUUCUUCUACCCUCUGGAUUUCACCUUUGUGUGCCCCACGGAGAUUGUGGCUUUCAGUAACAAGGCGAAUGAGUUCCACGAUGUGAACUGCGAGGUGGUGGCUGUGUCUGUGGACUCCCACUUCUGCCACCUGGCCUGGAUCAACACCCCGCGCAAGAGUGGCGGUUUGGGCAAGAUGAAUAUUCCAGUCCUGUCAGACCUCACGAAACAAAUCUCCCGUGAUUAUGGCGUUCUGCUAGAAGGACCUGGCAUUGCACUGAGAGGUCUCUUCAUCAUUGAUCCAAAUGGGAUCAUCAAGCAUCUGAGUGUCAAUGAUCUCCCUGUCGGUCGCAGUGUGGAAGAGACCCUUCGCUUGGUGAAAGCAUUCCAGUAUGUGGAAACACAUGGAGAGGUUUGCCCAGCAAACUGGACUCCAGAUUCCCCUACAAUCAAGCCAAGUCCAGAGGCUUCCAAAGAGUAUUUUGAGAAAGUGCAUUAAACACUGAAAUGAAGGUGAAACUGACCAUAUGCUGAAGACAUGAAGUGGCUGUGAUUAUGGAAGAAGGAAGAUUCUCAUUUCCUCAUGUUUUAAAAUAAUAAUAAUUAAAUGCUGAAAUACUUACCGACUCUCUUGCCUUUUUUUGAAAACAAAACACAUAAGGUAAAAAUAAAGCUUUAUUUUCCCCUUUAGCAAGUAAAGUUUUAUGAAUGUCUGUAACUGGGACGUGACAAAUGGAUGGAUAAGUUGCCUUCUGUUGUGUUCUUUUGCAUUAGGGGAACACUAACUAAGAGUGUUAAUCAUUAUAAGCUUGCAUUCUGUUUGGGACAUUGAAGAUGUACACUCCACUACUGUGCUUAGUGGAGCUCGAUAACGUUCUUCCUUCAUUUAAAGCCUUGCUUAUCUGCUUGAAUCUGCCUGCAGAAGAUGUAAAUUGUGCUGUUCACAGGAAUGUAGCAUACCUGUGUCUGUGGUGCCAUCAAUAAAUCCUAGUGCUGACUUGCAA